UCAGUAAGAACAGGCUGUCUUCCACCAUGAACCCGGUGUACAGUCCAGUGCAGCCGGGAACCCCAUACGGAAACCCCAAGAAUAUGGCAUAUGCAGGUUAUCCAGGAGUUUACCCUACGACUGCCCCGACCUACACAGCCAACCUUUAUCAGACAGGUAGCCCGGGAUACCCACCAGUGCUGCUGGUGAAGCAGGCCUGGCCCCAGACGGCAUCUGCUCCGGGGCCCGCAGAAGGCUCCUAUGACCUGGCCAUGGACGCUGGUUCAGAGAGCAGGCAGUACCAGGCCUCAUCUACAGCAUUCAGAUAUACUGCAGGAACACCUUAUAAAGUGCCCCCUACUCAGAACAAUGGAGCUCCUCCGCCCUAUUCCCCAUCUCCCAACCCCUACCAGACGGCCAUGUACCCCAUAAGAAGUGCCUAUCCCCAGCAGAACCUCUAUGCUCAGGGUGCUUAUUACACACAGCCAGUGUACGCCGCCCAGCCUCAUGUCAUCCACCACACCACCGUGGUCCAGCCCAACAGCAUCCCCUCCGCCAUCUACCCCGCUCCUGUACCCGCACCCCGCUCCAACGGUAUGGCCAUGGGCAUGGUGGCCGGGACAACGAUGGCCAUGUCUGCUGGAACACUGCUGACCACCCCUCAGCACACUCAGAUUGGAGCACACCCCGUCACCGUGCCAACAUACCGACCCCAAGGAACACCUGGGUACAGCUACGUGCCACCUCACUGGUAGAGCUCACCUGCCAAUCAUAUCUGGAGUCAAACAUUGUAUGCAACUACUCAAGUCUUACAUCGGCGCUCUGUGCUCAACAGUGAGGCGCCACGUCUGUUUGCAAGAACAAAAGAGAAAAAAAAGUGCAAGGGUCACUUUAUGCAUUCUUACGUGUUUUUGUAAAAGCUGCUUUUUUAUCUUUUUAUUUAAUUUUUAUUUUUUUUAUUUUUUUUUAUUCUCAUUUUUUUGGGAUGAUGUUCUUGCAUUAGGUUAUUUUAAUUUCUUCAUUGUUCCAUAGUUACUUCUAUAAGAACUCCAGAAUGAUUUCGACCAAUCACGAUCUGUCUUUGUGUUCAGUAUAAACGCUGAUGUGUGUGUAGGAAUGUACCGACGCAAUAUCAGCACCACUCGGAUCAUAAUCAUCCACUUACGCUGCCAAAUUUUAUAACCUUUAGAUAUCUGCACAGUGUUCCUUUUUUAUUUCGUUUUAUUUAUUUACAGCGGAGUUUCAUUUCAGCCUUCCCGAAGCGCUUGGGAAUCAUUUACUUUCAUUUUAAACUCAAUUCUCCCUCAUUUCGUUCUGUCAUCGAUAACAAGGGUGUCUUCCAGCUUGUAGCUGUUCAUGUAGAUUUGUAAGGAAUAUAUCAUUAGUAGGGCAGUGCAAACGUGGUUUAACCUUCAUUAGGAUAUCGAGUACAUACAGUAAGCUUAGUUAUUCACUAAAUAGAGAACUUUUGAGUGAGCUGGUUACUUUAUUAGCUUAUGUGUCAGGAUAGCGUAAGCUUCCAAACUAUAACGUGUAUAUUUGAUUUAUAUAAGUGUGCGCGCAUGCGCUCACAGUGAAUAUUGAGGAAAAAAAUCUAUCAGUGGCACUUAGCUGGAGCCUCUGGGUGCGAUGUCGAUCCCGCUGAUAUCGAACCCGAUCGAAACGUGUGCCAACUUUGAGGCCAGACAUGACGGACGCUACUCUGACGGAAUGAUUAGGAUUGGAUCCGAUUCAAAGGGACUUUAUGGUAGCACUAAAAGCAAAAAAAAAAAGAUUGAAACAAGGGAGGGACGUCGUUCCGGCAUUCAUUUCCAAUCAGCUCCGGCUCGAGAGUGGGUCUAACCCCUGGUCCUCUGUGAAUCCUUGGGCCUUUAGGCCUGUAGUUGCACAGAUUUUAGGCGUAGAAACGGAGUUGUUCAAUGCAAUAAUACGAACGGCCUGCUUGAAUGGCUUUUAAUUGUAAUUUACAGCAUUUUUAGAGAGAGAUAAAGAGAGAAUUUUGAUUUCCCGAGGCCUCGCCUGUAUCCAUGAAUAGUGUACUCAGAAGUGACAUAUCAAGUAUUCUAUGAAAUGUUAUCAUACUGAAGCAUUGCACAUUGACAAAUAGACAUAACUUAAUAACCAAUUAUACGGUACACUCUCAUAUUUAAUGAUGUAAUUAAGAAAAUCAAGCAUUUACUCUGCAAACCAUUAGUCUUGGUAAUGUCUCUGGAAGUAAUAUUAUUGUCAGUACAGAACAAUAUCACUCUUUUUGUUGUUUUGUUGGCUAAGCAACCACUAUUUCGAUAUAUAGUACACUCAAAAGUGGGAAGAAGCGAUUGUCUGAUCUUAUGUGAAAGUCAUAGCGUCUAGUAAUGCAUGUGUCAUGCGGGUGAAUGCAGUAUAGUGUAAUCAGAUGGAAACUAUGCCCUUGCAAAGCAUGGUUGCAUCAUGUUGAAUAGCAGCUUAUGGAUUGCUUUUAAUAAAACAUUAACAUUACAGCACAUACCUUUUGGUAUUUUUCGUUAAAGUAAAGGGAGAGAGUGAGGGCGCAGAGUGACUGAAUCUCAUGGGGAAUAUAUAUAUAUAUAUAUAUAUAUAUAUAUAUAUAUAUAUAUAUAUAUAUACAUACAUAAUUGCCUAAAUUAAGUGAAGCCUUUUUUUUGCUUUAUUCCUUUAUUUUCAGAUUAAGCUACAUAUUGUUAUUAAUGUAAUACAUCCUGUAGUUUUUUUUUAUUAUUAUUUUUAUUGUUUAUGAUUUGUACUAUUCUAAAUAGUGGUGGUGAUUCUUUGAAUUUCUAAAAUAUUGUAAUUAUUUUUCUUUUACUUCAACAAAGGCAGUCAACAAAUAUCACCAUGAUGCGUGCAUAAUAUAUCUAAAUUUCAAAAGGAAAUUGUCAUGAAAAUAAUAAUAGAAAAAAAUUUAUAAGAAUUAAGAAAUCUCAAAUAGGCUUCAUUUUCUUUAUGCAAAAUAUAUAAUUUUUUUUUACUUCACUGCAGUAUAAUCAUUUUCCUUUAGUAAGAGCACAUUUGUUUGGCAAAAGCAAGUAAAGCGAGUCAAAAGACCUUUAGUGUAUGUAAUAUUUGUGUAACAGUUGAAUUUUUUUCAUGUGAUGUCAUCAAUAAGUAAUGUAAUUGAGUCAAACCGGCUCGUUGGUUAAUUAUUGGAUGAAAUUGCAUAAUUCACAGCAUGUUCACAUACUCUGUCUCUGUUUUGAUGACAUAUGAUGUCAUUUUCCUGCCCUACUCUUUCCUUUUCUGGUCUUAUACAGUAUUAUAUCAAGCAGUGAACUAUAUUUUCUGUGUCUUUGCAUAAGUUUGCAUCACAAGGCUUGAUUGAUGCAAUUAAUCACUGUAGUCGACAUAUGAAACUCAUCUGAAACGCAAGCAGACCGCCGUCAGACCUCUAAACUCUAGGACUAGAGUGACCUUUUACACUGCAAAAUGAAUAAAGGGUUUUAAAUCCAAAAAGAGGACGUUACCAUCCACUCUGACAUGUAAUUUAGGCGCUUUUUACGUAAGUGUUAUUUAAAGUUUUAAUUAAUGAUUGAUGUUCAUUUUUCUUAAAUAGGAGAUCUUUAUAGUUGAUCUGGGGUGGAGUGAUACAGUCCAUGUGGUCGAGGCAUUUCAGAGCACAAGUCUUCAAAGGGUUUCCUCUUCCUCUACAUGCAUCUCCCCAAUCUGUCUUUCUCUUCUACUUUUAGUCCUAAUGACAAGGAGGACCGAGUUCAGCGAUCUGAAGCUGCGAUUCAAAUAGUGGCAAACUUUUACUCAGCUUUUUGUGAAAAUUAGAUAGGAGCGAAGAUGAUGUACAACGUUUUAAUGCAGGGUCUUCAUGAAUUUAAAGGGACAGAUCAUCCAAAAAUGAAAUGCUGUGCAAAAACAUCUGGUUUUAUGUUCCACUGAAGGAAGAAAAGAAGUCAAAAUGAUAACUGCACUUUCAUUUUUGGAUGAAUUAUUCCUUUAAUCCUGAACAGUUGUAUUUUUCCAAUAUCAAGAAUCGCUCACCACAAAUUAUUCCAGUGAGGGUUUUUGCUGUAUUUCUCCCAUUCUAAAAUAAAUUGAUCCGUUUUCUGUGUGAAAUCAGGUGGUCUUUUCUGGGGGGUGGUUUUUGGCUCGGUUGUGAUGUGGAAGACGCUUCGGUUUCCUGUUGUUUUUUUUUUUUUUUUUUUUUUUUUCUGUUUGGAUCGUUUUGAUGUUGAUAUUGCAAACCCAUGCACUGUUCUGUUCUUUGGUUUCAGGGCAUCGAUCAAAGGAUUGUUUACUAGCGCCCGUGAUGCAUGCAACGGGUUAUUAGCUCUAGUGAAGUCAGUGUCACCUCACCAGUAUGUUAAGGUAUUUCUUAAGUAAUUGUGGCACUGGUUUCACGCUCUUGCUGAAAACCUGUGCUAUGUACCGUUGGCUUAAACACAAACAAACGAGAGGUUGCUAUUUCACGCUAAUGUUUAGGAAAACAGCUAUUUGUGUUUGACCCGUGUGGAGAAUAAGACUUCAUUGUUUACAUUCUAAAUGUAAAUCAAAAAGGGGAAAGUCUUCCAGAAUUUAUCUCCCUUCAGUGAGUGUUAAAGAGCCCUUGCCCCAUAGUAUGUAUUACGCACUACUGCGUGGUUCUGGCAGCAUCAAGAUCUCAUUCCUGCAAGGCUGUGGCAGGUCCGAGCGCGUUUACUCCAGUGCGGUCCAGACCGUGCCAUUCAACCCAGUUGAGCAAGGAGACCCACAUCAGGCUUGUGAAAUGAAGUGUAAAACUGUUUUUAUUAUUUUGGGUUUUUUAUUGUUUUGUUUUGUUUUUGAAGAUCAGUUAGUGAUCUCUGUGAUAUAAUUAAGCCAAGUUUGUAAUUGUAUAAUAUUUACUGUAAGAUGUAGAACAUUCAAUAACUAUUAAAAUCUUUCCAAAAAAACAA